CUGAGACCUGCAGACGGGAGAAUUUACAGGUCUUUCAUUUCUUCUACAGUACCUACACCUAUAUACAGACAUAUGUAUAUCCACUUACUGCUUGCUUUUACAUCUCAUUUCUACAUUCUGACAUUAUCAAGCACUGUCGACCCCAGUGUUAGGCAAUAACUUGAAAUUUCCCAUAUGCUGAUGCCUGUAGAUUACUAAUACUGUAAUAGCUUAACACUUUUUUGAAUUCUGGUAAAAUGUAAAAGUUGUCGUCAAAUCCAGAGUUUGCAUUUCAAUAUUCGAUUGUUCAGUUGUUUUAGAUUGUGACUAUGACAUGUUAGAGGAUCAUAAACUGACAGUAUGCAUAGAUCUUGACGAGGCAAUGGAAGGAAAGUUUACCUUAAAUGAGCAAAAGUAAGACAGCUAUUGAAAGAGAGCUAUUUCAGUAUUUAUUAGAAUGCUUUAAUAUACGUCUGGCUGAGAGUGUUAGGAGAGGUUUAAUACAGGACCACCAACAUACUAUGCAUUCAAUUAUCUUAUCAAUGUAUUUUCUGGAUUUUAUUCUAUAGAUAGCAAAUACUUAAAUGUGAUAGUUUCAUGAUGGUAUUUUUGCUAAAUAGUCUGUGAUUUAUAAAUAGUAUGUUUUAUUUCAAGGUGCUCAACAUAUCAUAAGGUAUUUUCCAGUGUGGCGUCUUUGGCAAGUCAUCAACAUGUUCACAAACAAGGCAGAGAUCAUAUUAGUGUGGAGGAAAUUGUAGAUGAGUGGAAGAUCAUUGCAGCCACUGUCCCUAUUUCACCAAAUUUGAUCAAAUACUUACAAUUGUUGCUGAAGAAAAGUCCAAGUGAUCGAAUGUUAUCCUUCAGCUGUGAUGCAGUUAGCAUAAUCCCUUCACUGGAACCGAGUAUUACAAGAUUCACCAUUCUCCAGUCUGUCAGGAAAUUAAUUGAUAGAUUCACGGCCAAAGAAAUGGAUAAAACAAAAGAUAUACCAGCUUCAAGUUCCAUCAUAUUGAAUGAUGAUGAGAUCCAUAUUAUCCAAUACAUUGCUGGAUUCAUUUUACAAAAAAUGCAAAAACGAUGCCGAGACCCGGAAGACUUCGAAAGAAUUCAGUCAUUGAUCAAUCUCGAACUGGACUGUUUGACAACUAACUCAAUGAUUGCAGUAAUGCAGGAAACAGAGUAUGGACAAUUAACCGUACCAUCACCCAGUGUCCUUGAACUAUGUAAGCUGCUUGAAGUUGAAUUUAGACUGAACUAUGCUCAUGAAGAUGUUAUAGCUUCAGUGUUUAAAAAUUUUAAUAUGGAAUCAUUCGGUAUUGCCCAAAACGAAACUGGCAUGCUGGACAUCUUGGAAAAGCUAUGUCGCUUCUACCUGAAGAUAAGGUGCCAUCAAAAAGCCAGAGUCAUCAAUAAAUCCCUCUCUUUGAAAAAGAACCAGAAUUUAUCCCUAAGAAAACUGCUUAAAAAAUAGAUCUCUUUUCACUUUAUUAGUGUGUAUAGAUGUGAUUCCAGUAUGAUUGAUUAGUAAGUAAUUGCUCCCUACAUUAAUUAAACUACCUAAGUGACCUAUUUUUUAUAUAUCCUGUAUUCAUUGCAUGGAAUAUAGUGUAUUUUCAUGACACUGCACUGUAAGGUGCAUAAUAAAAAUACAGCAUACUUUGAACUGUUUUAAUUGUCUGAUUGCCAUGUAUGUACGUAUGACUUUGCUAGCCAUAAUAGUCCGGUCAAAUAUUUAUAUAUAAUCUUUUAAUGAUUUUUGUCCAUACAUUAGAGACAAAUACCCCAACUGAACAAGAGAAGCGGUAAUUCAAUUAGUUUAUUACCCCAGACCACUGCGGUCCAUAUAAAAAUAACAUAAGCAAAUACAAAUAUAACACAGUAAAUACCAUCACAGUAGAUAUUAUAUGUUCUCGGAUACCAUUUUGUGACGUUCAGGUAGGGUUGCCAACCGUCCUUUAAGCUUUUUGUCCUUUUUAGCAUUUGAAAAAGAUGCUAAUUGUUAUUUAUUCUUUUCAACGUCGUUUUUAUCGUUAUUAAAUAAUCACCUCCGUUUAUGUAUUCGCAAGCUUAUAACUAUUCUUUUUAAUUUUGCUUUGGUCCAGCUCAAAUAGCCAAAGAAAUAACAAUUUUAUUAGGAUUUCAAAUAUUCCAGUUCAAUCACUGAAAAUUCUACGUAUAACUAAUUGGUCUCUAUGACGUCCACAAUCCAACAAUUCUGUUUUUGUAGAUGCCUGUGUAAUCAUGGUAUGUUAUCGUUUUAUCUGGUAAAAAAAAGGCGAGAUAUAAAUACGCUCGUCAGGAAGCUGAUAUUUGCGAAGUCUAAGUUAUUUAAGGGAUUGUUGCUCGAGCUAGUUCUUCUACCUGUGGACCUAAACAGUUUGGGGCAGUGAGCUUUUAAUAUACUUCAACUUGGAAGACAAGUGU